AUGGUGAUAAGCGCAGCUUCUGAUGCGGUGAAAUGCAGGAUGUUCCCGUCAACAUUCAAAGGCACAACGAUGGCUUGGUUCAGGACUUUGCCUUGGGGAUCCAUUGCGAAAUUCCGCGAUUUCUCGUCGAAAUUCCUCGUUCAGUUCUCUGCAAGCAAGAUCAAGCAGGUCACAAUUGAUGACCUGUACAAUUUUCGUCAGUUAGAACGAGAAACUUUGAAGCAAUACGUGAAGCGGUACAGUGCCGCAUCUGUCAAGAUCGAGGAGUUGGAGCCGCAAGCCUGUGCCGCGCGCCUUCAAGAAUGGACUGCUAUCGGGAAAGCUGAACAGCAAGCUAAGUCGGAAGCCAGCUCGUUCGAUGGCGGAAGUCCGCACUCGGGCGAAUACCUACAUCCUGGAUGA